AUGGAGGGUGCAAUUUUUCCCAUACGUGAAAAAAAGAAAAAUUUUGAUUAUUGUGCAGUGAGAGAUUGUAACAGUAAAGCAAGUAAAAAUUUAGAGCUUUGUUUCCACAUAUUUCCAAAGCCGAAUGAACGCGUCGUUAACAUAACAAAUUCAAAAAACACAGCAGUUCCUUCCUGCAAUUUGCCAGGAACAAAUAAAAAAAAGAUAGAAACAAACCAAGCAAGAUUGGAAAGAAGGUUAAAGAGAAGCACAGCAACAGCAUCAUCGUCAUCAUCAUUAUUAACAUCAACAACAAAUGAAUCAGUGAUAGAUCAACCAUCUUCUGAAAUAAAUUCAGUGAAAGUAAAUAUAGACAUACAUGAAGAUAAUGAAAAUGAAAUUAAUAAUGAAUAUCAAAACAGAGAAAAUAACGAAGAAGUGAAAAUACAAUCAUGUAUAACAAAAAAUUUUCCUGCUCCUUCAUUUAAAGAUGUUGAAGUGCAAGUGAAUGUGAUAGAUAUUCAAAAACCAAAGUUUUGUGAUAGUAUAACAACUGACAGUGAAUUAAGCACUGCAACAGGUAUAGAAUCUUUUCAAGUGCUUAAUACAAUUGUAAAAAUAGUAGCUCAUGUCAAAGAUGAUAAAGAAAGAAACAUGAAAUUGACUUUAAAAGAAAGAGUAAUCAUGACAUUUAUUAAAUUAAAACAAAAUUUAUCAUACAGUUUCCUAGCAUUAAUAUUUAAAUGUUACUCAGCAAAACAUUGCCAAUGUAUAUUUUAUAACACUGUGAAGAUGUUAAGCACUUGUUUAAAAGCAGCAAUACCAUGGCCAUCAAGAGAGGAGAUACGCAGAAACAUUCCUGAGUGUUUUGAAUCUUUUGAGAAUGUUCGAGUUGUUUUGGACUGUACUGAAGUGUUUAUUCAAAGACCUGCACAACUUUGUUGCCAGAUUUUAACCUACUCUUACUAUAAAAGUGCACAAACGUGUAAAAUAAUGACCGGUGUUUCACCAGCAGGCAAUAUAACAUUUGUCAGCAAACCUUAUGGAGGACGAGCAACGGAUUCACCAAUAUUUCAGCAAAGUGAUCUGAUUCACUUGCUAGAACGUGGUGAUGCAAUAAUGGUUGAUCGAGGAUUCUUAAUUGAUGAAGUGUGUGAAGUAAAUGGCUGGAAAUGUGUAAGACCUCCGUUUUUAAAAGAUAAAAAACAGUUUAGUAAAGAAGAGUCUAAUUUAACAGCUAAAAUAGCUAAAGCUCGAGUUCACAUUGAAAGAUCCAACUAG